CACGAGGUGAAGCGUGCGGUACCGUCUGGGCUGAGGUCAGAGACAGCGCCUGAUUUCUAUCCGAGAGGACGCGCGGCUUGCAGCCUCGCUGAACGGGACACUGUAGGAUGAAACAGAACAGAGAUAAAAAGGGUCCUAUUUCCCAGAGGAACAGCUCAUCUCGGCAGCCAGGGAGAGAGCCUGGAUGCUCAAGUUGGGGGAUGGCAGUCAACGUGUAUUCUACCUCGAUAACCCAAGAGACUAUGAGCAGACAUGACAUCAUUGCAUGGGUUAAUGACAUAGUAUCGUUAAACUACACAAAAGUGGAACAGCUGUGUUCAGGAGCCGCCUAUUGCCAGUUCAUGGACAUGCUCUUUCCAGGCUGCAUUAGUUUGAAGAAAGUAAAGUUUCAAGCAAAGUUGGAGCAUGAAUAUAUUCACAACUUUAAGCUUCUGCAGGCAUCAUUUAAGCGGAUGAAUGUUGAUAAGGUAAUUCCAGUGGAGAAGCUAGUGAAAGGACGUUUCCAAGACAACCUGGAUUUUAUUCAGUGGUUUAAGAAAUUCUAUGAUGCCAACUACGAUGGCAAGGAGUAUGAUCCCGUGGAGGCUCGACAAGGGCAAGAUGCAAUUCCUCCCCCUGACCCUGGCGAACAGAUCUUCAACCUGCCAAAAAAGUCUCAUCACGCUAACUCGCCCACAGCAGGGGCGGCUAAAUCAAGUCCAGCAUCUAAACCAGGAUCCACACCUUCUCGUCCCUCUUCUGCCAAAAGGGCUUCAUCCAGCGGCUCAGCAUCCAAAUCCGAUAAAGACUUAGAAACCCAGGUCAUACAGCUUAAUGAACAGGUACAUUCAUUAAAGCUUGCUCUUGAAGGCGUGGAAAAGGAACGGGAUUUCUACUUUGGAAAGUUGAGAGAGAUUGAGCUUCUCUGCCAGGAGCAUGGGCAAGAAAAUGAUGACCUCGUGCAGCGACUAAUGGACGUGCUGUAUGCGUCAGAAGAACACGAGGGCCACACAGAAGAGCCAGAAGCUGAAGAGCAAGUCCAUGAACAGCAGCCCCAGCAGCAGGAGGAGUACUGACCUCCUUGGCAGCUCUUACACCUCCAUUGUGCAUGGGAACUUUUCCUCUGGAGAAUUGGAACAUGUGUGGCCUCAAGCUGAGCAGAAACCUGUCAUCCUAAUCUGCUGUUACAUCACUGCACUGUCGCCCAUGCCAGCCACCGCACAGUUCCCAUUUUCUUUGCCAAGAUGCAUUAGCAGGCGCUGGUCUGGCCACCUGCCUGACAGAUCAUAGGGUCACAUACCUUCAACUUUGCCACUUGGCUGCUUGAGAUUGGUUCUGCUCUUUUCUUCAUUUCUUUCCAGAACAACUCUUUCCCACCCCAUCACCACCACAACCACCGCCCCUUUUUAUCCUGGUGUGAAACAAUGGUAAUUUGAUAUAUGGUAUUUAUAUUGGCAUUUCUCAACCCAGUGUCACUAGAUGUCACAUGCAUUUGUGGUGCUUUUGAUGUUUGCGAGUCUAACCUCGAAACAUAAAUUUGGUGUAACAAUUGAAACAAAGGGAAACAGAUCCUUGAUAUGAAAGCCAUAAUGACAGUGACUUGUAUCAUGGGGGAAGAAUAUAGGGUUAGUUUCUCCCCUUACUGACAACAUGACAGGGGAAAAAGAUUCAGAACUAGGAUUCAGGCCCCAGCAGUGCUCAUACAGCAGCUUGUUAGAUGGCAUCCAGUCUGUGGGCAGUUUUGAAUGACAUCAACCCAAGGAAAACAUUUCUCAGCUUUGCCCCUCUCACCAUGUCCCUCCCCGUACCGCUCCCACUUCCCAGGUUCUCAUGAUGUUUCCUUUCUCAGGGUCCUCUUUGGGGGAGGGGCAGCUACUCACCCCAAGAUGUUGUCAUCAGUUACCAGCCCUCAGAGGGGUCUGGAGGGUUCCAGGUCUUCUGGCCUCAUUCUUCUUCCUGCCAUACAAACGCUACCUUGCACACUUGGAGAGUCCCAGUGAAGGCAAUGUCCAUGGGUGUGCAGUCCCGAGCUCCUAGGCUCUGCAGCAUGCUGGCUGGAGAACCUUAUGUACAGCAGAAAUUCCCAGGAAGAACCAUGCUUCUGCAGGCUGAUGUUGACACUGGAAUAACACAACAGAAAUCUAUGACCCAAAUAUCCUCUGGGGUGAGGAAUCCCCCCUCUUUAACAAGGGCCCUCUUUGUCAUUGACCUUUGUGAAAGCAUGCCAACUUGGAAAGGCAACAUUAUUGAAUUAAUCCACAUUCCUUAUUUUUAAACUAAUAUUUGCACAUUUUGUAAGUCUCUUUUAAAGUCUCUGCCCCACUCCCCACCGCCUUUGAUAAAUGGAAUCCCUUCCUGGAUCAUUCAUUUCACUUGGUUCUAACUUCGGAUUCCCACUCACUUGUUACUUAGCAGGUACAACAAAAAUAAGCAACCAACCUGCCCACCCACUUUCUGCUUAGCUGAAAAGCUCAAAAUGCAAUUUCCAAAUUAUGUCUCCUCAAGCUUUGAAAUUUCUUUGCUAAUGGAUGAAAUUCUAACUUCCAAAUUCUAGC